AUGCCUGCUGUUAUAGUUGUUGAUAACGAAUUAAAAGAUUCCGUUAAGGAAUAUGGUCAGAUUAUUGAUUCUGUUAAUGAAUCAGUUGAACUUUCCAAAACUUUACAAUCUUUUUUCAAUGACCAGAGUAAGGAAAUAAUUGACAAACCAGGUUUAAUUAAGAAAAUCUAUGAAACUUCAACGGCAUCUAACUUAACUAAGUUAUCAGACAGAGAAUUCGAACCUACAUUUAAUUUGAUUACUUACAUUUUAUCUCAACUUGAAGGAUCAUUUGAAAAGGUUUUAAACAAAGAUUCCCAAAUUAUUCAAAAUUUAAUUGAAUGUAACCCAACAAAACAACCAUUAUUGAGAGACAGAAAAUCUAUUAAGUCAACUACUAUCUUAUCCAUUUUAAACACUUUCUUCAAUUUCUUGCCAGAAACCUCGUCAAACAGAAUUCAUAUAUUGACAACAAUUUUAAGCAUUGUUGAAGCCUCAAAUAUUGACUACAGUUUAAUCCAAGGGCCAAUUGGUAACAGCUUAGUUUUAUGGUUGACCCAGGCCAAUGCCACUGAUGAAGAAAUUAAAUCUAUCUUCUGGAAAUUUAUUAACUUGGAUGACAAAAAGUCUUACAAAUCAUUACAAUUGAUUAAAUCCUUCACAUCAAAACACACAUUAAACUUAAAUGAAUUACAUAAAUUAAUUAAGUUUGCUUUAUUGUCAUCUACUACGGAUGUUUCGUUUUUAGUCAACAAUACUGUGGCUAGUGCCUUAAAGGAAAAUUCCAGUGAUGAAUUAGUAUCGCUCUUUACUAAAUACACUAGAGGUGAAUUAAUCACAUCCGUUCCUUCUUCGUCUGGUUUAUCAAGUGAGGAUGUUGAACAAAAAUCAAGAAUCUUGGCAUUAGGGAAAUUCUUCAUCGACAAUGAUAACAAGAAUGUUUUCAACUACAAUGAAAUUCCAACCGCAUUAGCCUCAUCCGCUGAAGGUUUUGAAGCAUUAUUAAUCAAUUCCAUUAAAGCGGGUGUUAUUGAAGGUAAAUUGAACCAAUUAGACCAAACAUUCUACUUAACCAGAGUUCAUAGAUUUAUCAUAGCUGGUGAUGAAGAAAGUAUUUCUAAAAAUUGGGAAAAUGUGAAGAAUGCUUUGGUGGAUUGGAAAAAUUCGUUGGCCAAUAUUGACGAUAUCGUAAAUACCUCGAGAGAAAAUAUCGUUAACAAUAAUAAUAAUUAA